CAAAAAGCGCUGCGCAGAUCAGGGAGAGGUUUAUUAAUCAGCGUGCAUCAUCUUCUACAGAUCCAGAUCGUUUCACACUGUUGUUGUUGUUUUUUUUAAAACCUCGAUUCAUCAUGAACUCCAGCUGUUAGCAGGUUGAUUUAAAAUGGCUUGUCUUGUGCACUUUGUCUUUUUGCUGUGCCUUGUCUCGGGAUCCUGUCCCUCUUCUCUUUUUGAAGAGUGCAUAAGGGGCAACGGCGUGCGGUAUCGGGGCGAGCAGCAGAAAUCCUUCACAGAUACUCUCUGCCUGAACUGGAACAGCACGACCCGGGACUAUGACGUCAGACAGUACCCAGACCUGGCUGCAGGUGUAGGGGACCACAACUAUUGCCGUAAUCCUGAUGACUCAGAUGAGCCCUGGUGCUAUGUUUCCGGAGCAGAUGGACAACUCCAGAGAGAAACAUGUGCUAUUGAGUCAUGCCAAGAUGAGAACUGCACGGGAGCGGUGACCUGCGUCACGGGUGCCUCCGCGGCAGAGGAAACGACGGCUAAGAAGGAGAAGCCUGUAGAAGGCGGCGCUGCCGUGCAGCCGGUGGUCGGGGUCAGUCAGCGGGUCCGGACAGGACCCAAGAAGAAGAAAGACCUAGGGAUUAUGGGUUAUGUCCUAGCCAUCGCCAUGAUGACCAUCCUCAUCGUCCUGGGCGUAGGAAUUACACUGGGCUACUUUUACAAGCGCGGUCGCGACCUGAAGAAGCAGCACGAUCAGCGCGUGUACGAGCGAGAGAUGCACCGCAUCACGCUCCCUCUCUCCGCCUUCGCCAAUCCCACGUGUGAGCUGGUGGACGAGAACACCGUCGUGGUGGCGGCCGAACCGGCCGAGCAAGCGCCUCCGCGAGGCGCCGUCGAGGGCAGCGACCCCCUUAUCGACUCCGCGGGCACCCCUGGAGCUUGACGCUUUCCACCGCGGAACCCUAGACAGGACAGGAGCAUCUGCACCACCCAACACUACACACCCUCUCUGUUCGUCUCCUGCUUUAUGAGAGAAGGGGAAAGCUCUUCACAGACUCCUAGCAUCCUCGUCUCUUCAACAGCCAUGUUGCGGAGCGGAGGACGCACCAAGACACAUCACAGUCAGACGCAUGCGAAGGACUGAGGGAGGAGUUGUAUAAAAGUGCAUGUCAGGAUUUUUUUCCAUUUUCUUUCCCAAGGCGAAUCUUGUUCAAAUCUUUGAGAGUAGGAUGACCGGGUCUGCAUGGUGCGCCGCUAACAAACAAGUCUUAUGCACAAUUUGGAAAUGAAGCUGUGUGUAGUGCGUGUAUAACAGGGCUUAAUUGAAGUGCUCAUUGGGAAUUGUGUUCUUUUUUCUGUUUUUCUGAUGUUAGUUGAGGGAAAACGUUCAAAAAAAGCGCAGACACUUUUUCCGUCCGUAGCGUUUAACGCUACAGAGUUUUAGCGCUCGGUAUUUGAAAGUGGAUCUACAGUACAGUAUAUUCAGCUUGGACAGAUCUCUUUCACACACACACACACACACACGCACAUGUAGACUGCCUUAAUGCAUUCAGUCAGAACUGUUUUAUGUUAUUCUCUCAGAGGAUUUUUUUUUGUAGUGUUACUAUUUGGGGGUAUGUAUACAAACACAUUCCCGAGAAAGCCAGACGCGAAGAUUAGCUGCGCCUGAAAGCAUGUUGUGGAUCAGGUUAGGGAGGGACGCGCUCUAACUCUGCUCGUGUGCUGUUAGACUGUCCUUGAGCACAGAUUCAAGUGUUAAACGUUUGAGACAGGCAACAACAAAAAAGAAACGAUCCAGACAGCGCCUCAAAUCUGAUUCAGAUCUUAAAUUCUUCGUCUGGUUUACAAAUGACAAACUGCCAAGUCUGAUUUUUCUGGACUGCAUGUUAUUUUUAAAUAGACUAUAGCUAUAGUUCUGCAAAUUGGUGUAGAGGAGAAAACGUUAACAGAUUUUUUAUUUAUUUUUUCGCCCCAGACAUGCUCCUCCACCUAUGGCUGUGUUCACAUUACUCCAGACCUCAUUGUACCAUUGUGACGCGUCUGUCCUCUGAAAUGGCACGCGCGCUCACAUCGAUAUGUCCCGAUGUGCUCUGGGUCAAAACCGUAGACUGUAUGAAAACACCAUGGGUUUGUGCAAACACUCAUUUGGAUGUGAUUUUAGCAAAAAAUAUGCUUGUUAUUUUGCUCUGGAGGACGGCGAGCAGUUGGCCAGAGGAAGGAAGAGAGCCAGGCGCCUUGCUUUAGGUGUUCGAGACGCUAUUGCUAGUAAGGCUCUAAAAUCAAAGUCGCGUUUAUUCCGUUCUCAUUCAAGUCACAUGGCCACGCAUCGGAACCACAUACGAAUGCGAAUCAGAUCCGAUCUGAAAAACGUCAGAU